AUCAGUGAUGAGAGGAGCCAAGAGAAGAGACCGACGCUUUUCAUCUGUGUGGACCUUCGGUGCGCAGAAGUGCGCUCCAUGCUUCAGCAUCAUCAUCAUCAUCACCCUCCGCUCCUGAGAUCAACCCAAACCCAAGAGGCGCGCUGAGAUCCUCACCGAUACCCCCGGUGCGAGAUGUGCUGUGGACUGCCGAUGAUUUCUCCUCCUCUUCCAGUUCAAAUUCAAUGGCAGACAAAGACUGCACUUCCCUUCCUUCCUGCUACCCCUGAGCUCACAAAGACAGAUCUGGUCCACACUUAAACCACCGUCUACUUUUCUUGCUUCUGUCUUUGCUGAUCUCCAUUCUACAGUCCAACACUAUGGCUUGUUUUCUGGCAUCAGCUUUUCUUCUGGUUCUCCAAACCUAUGCUGCCCCACCUGAGUUUGUCCAGACAGGGUUUGGUAUAACACUGGACACCAUGGACCUUGAUUCUGGACUACCAGCCAAUGUCUCUGGAGAUGUGUCCUCAUCUCCACCCCCCGGAACUAGUAAAAGAGCUCCGCAUAGUAUCAUUAUUGGGGUACGUAAAGGGGGCACAAGAGCACUGUUGGAGAUGCUAGACAUACACCCAGAGGUUGCUGCUGCUGCCACUGAGGUGCACUUCUUUGACUGGGAUGAGAACUAUGCUAAGGGCUUUGAAUGGUACCGUGAGUUGAUGCCCUACUCUUAUCCUCACCAGAUCACAGUGGAGAAAACUCCAGGUUACUUUACAUCAGCCUUUGCACCAGAACGCAUCUGUGCCAUGAACUCCUCCAUAAAGCUGCUAUUGAUCUUGCGAGACCCGGCCGAGCGGGUCAUCUCUGACUACACCCAGGUGUACUUCAACCGGCUGGAGAACCACAAGCCGGUGCAAGCCAUUGAGAACCUGCUAGUGCGCAACGGAGCCCUAAAUAUCCGGUACAAGGCCAUUCAGAGGAGCCUCUAUGACAUCCACAUGCGUAACUGGCUGCGUCACUUUCCCCUGGAACAGAUACACAUCGUAGAUGGGGAUGCUCUGAUCCGUGACCCCCUGCCAGAGCUUCAGAAGGUGGAGCGCUUCCUCAACUUGCCCCCCAGGAUAGUGUCCACCAACUUCUACUUCAACCAGACCAAGGGCUUUUACUGUAUCCGAAGUGAUGGUAGAGAGCGGUGUCUGCACGAGUCAAAGGGACGUCCUCACCCAGCUGUCAACAGCACUGUUCUCCAGCAGCUCCGUUCCUACCUACAGGAACACAACCGAACCUUCUUCAGGCUGGUGAAGCGCACCUUUGACUGGCAAUAAGAAACCCGGAUCACAAAUUGGACUCAAAGGAGCCACUACCUUGUCUGAGGACGAAAAGGGGGCAUAAAGCACUUUACAGAACUGUCAUUUAAAAAGCCCUUUGAAUAGAGCCUCUUUACAACUACUGUUGUGAUCUCUGGUUUCUGCAGAGCAGUUAUAUUUACACAAUAAGGCAAAAGAAAUAUGAAAAACUGGGUCACACUUUAGAUUACAGCCCACAGCAUACAGCGUAAUUACUCCGGAGCAACAGUGUAAUCUUUUGUACUAACAAUACAUACUAACAAUUACAUACCAAUUCAUUUAUGGAGGAACGGGGGAACAAGAUGUAAAGUAAUGGAGUAAGGGGUCAGCCAUUUGGGAUCUUACAAAGAGCUUAUACUGUAGUAAUUUUCUAAUUACUGGGUACCUGGUCUGUUAUUAAAGGGUAUGUUUUACCUAUUGAGCAAUAAGCUGGAUUUUUGAGAGGAUUUUAGAGACUUUAUGACCAUAACAUAAAUGACUACAUACUUUGGUAACGCUUUAGAUUACAGUCCAUAUACCCUUUAGUUGCACUGUAAAUAACUGUUACAAAGGGGGAACUCCCAGUCAUAGUCAGACUGGCCAUCAGGCAUACUGAGACAUAUCACGUUGGGCUACUGCAUCAAUGGACUGUCAAAAAAUCCAUAAAGUUUUUACCAAAGUUUUUAACUCCUACACAGAUGUACCCCAUUGUUAUUUUAAGUAGCCCAAAAUUGCAAAGUAGUUUGCCUGUUUGUAAGUAAUAAGAUCAUUUUUAAGUAAAAUUACAUUCACUGGUAGGCUGUUAGUACAAAAGGUUACACCAUAAUUCUAGAGUAAUUAUGCUGUACAGUGUGGGGCUGUAAUCUAAAGCGUUACCAAAAACUGUACCUGGAGGCAUAAAAUUAAAUGGAAGAUUCUCCAAGCUUAAUAAGUCAUUCUCUCUGUGCUGGAAGCAUUUAAGUGAUCACAUUGCAGCGAAA